ACACCCUCUCUCUCAACUAUUUGAAGUUAGUAGGUACUGAGGUGGAUUGUCACAGCUCUGCGAGGGUCUCCCUGCCCUGGAGGGGUGGGGGCGACAAAGCAGGUCUCUUGGCCUGGGCUGCCCCCAGGGAGUUGGCUUUUGUCAGGCAUGUAGUGGCCAAGAGGCUCUGGAACCUGGACAGGAUUGCUGUGAUGAUUCUGUUUCCUUCGGUUCCAAAUGGGGUGUGUGCCCGCCUGGCACUGUUCCUCAGCCAAGUUGUUUGUUUGUUUGUUUCAGUCACACUUUGGCAUUGGAAGGCCUUUUAACUAAGGAUGUUAAUAAUAUCUUAUUAACAAAUAGCAACCCUUAAGAGGUGGCUUUUAUUAAUUUCAUUUUACUGAGGGAGGAUGGAGACACAGAGAGAUUGUGACUUUCUCCGGAUCACCUGGGGCCGAGAUUAGAACCUGGAUUGCCCCAGAGCCUCUUUUUAUACUGGACCCUGGCAUCUCUGUGGUGUUCUUACCUCCUAGUGAGAUGAGUUGAGCAGAUCAGAAGAUCCGGGUUGAACUGUAGCUUUGGCACUGACUAGCUUUGGUUUGAGUGACACCUUUCUGAGCUUCUGUUUCUUCAUCUGUAAAAUGGGAAUGAUAUCUAUUCUACCUCUCAAGCUAGUUAUGCGAAAUAUUAAAAGUAAAAGGGCUUUGUAGUUUGUAAAAGUGUGCCAAGUUAUCAUCAUCAUCUCUGCUUUGUAAAGAUGGUAGAUCCCACAACCAAGGUGACAAACUCUUUUUCUCCUUGAAAUCCUGUCUCUGUUCAUGCCCUUCCAAGUUCCUGCCCACACCGUGGGGCACCAGAUCGCUAAAGGUCUUUCCUGGUAGUGAUGGCCUCAGUAACUGCCUACCAUAGCUCCUUAUGAGCUUGUCAGGGUUCCUUCCAUCCAGAGAAUGAUGUGGGAAACUUGAGGGCUUUCUCUGCUGCACAAAGGUAGACUAGGUAUAAGUAUUUUGGGAGAGGGGGACUUUUGAGGUAAGGAUGCUUUGAGAUUUUACCUGAGAUAUUGCCCCAGUCGCCUUGGCCUUAGGUCCAAUGAGGAUCCCAGAUAGGCAACUUACAACUUCACUGCCACUUGGGGUCACUCCCAGAGCUUCCAGGGUUUCUGUUUAGUGGUGUAUUAGCCAGUGCAUCCUGAAUGCUGCCCUUUGCAGAGAAAACCCUGCAUGCUGUAGUUUGAAGUCCUUAGACUGAAGGUGAUAGACAUUUCAGGCGCCUUCACCCUUUCACCCCUGGGCAAGGUCAGGGGAUAGGAUUUCUAAUCAUGGUGAGAUGGGUUGCGAGAGGGCUCUAGACCUGUGAAUUUUUGAUCCUCUGAUCGGGCCACUGUUCACGUACAGAGCUUGAAAGUGGAUGCUGUUCUUGUUUUCUUCAUUUCCACCCCCUUUUUCAUCGUUAGCUGUCCCACAGCCUUAUGCACAUCAUUAGAACGUUAGAUCUCUCCCUGUGUUGCAUUGUAAUGAUCUGUUUAUUUUUCUGUCCCUUUGGUCAGAUAGAGCUCCUAGAGGGCAGGGAUCAUGCGUGUUUGAUUUCUUUCAUUCAGCUUUAGGAGCUAGGCACCAUUCCAGGUGCUGGGGAUACAGCAAUGAACAAGACAGGCAAAAUUCCUCCCCUCAUGGAGCUUCCAUUCUAGUGGAAGGAAGCGAACAUACAUGAUAAAUAGUAAAUUACAUAGCACAGUAAAAAAUGGUGAGUGUUAUAGUGAAAAAUAAAGCAGGAUGAAAGAUUGCUGGUGGGGGAAAGGGAUUCGCAGUUUUAGAUAGAAUUGUUGGAGAAGGUCUCACUGAGAAGCAGUGUUUGUGGGAAGAACUUGAAGGAGGUGAAGAAGCAAGCCCUGUGGCUGUCUGAGGCGCAGGAUGUUUAGAAAGAGGGAAUAGCCAGUCCUCCCGGUGGCCACUUGCUCAGCUGGAAGGGUGCCAUGAGGAAGCCUCGCCGGAAGUCGUCACGGCAGAAUGCCGAGGGCCGGCGCUCCCCAUCCCCUUACAGUCUGAAGUGCUCACCCACCCGGGAGACCCUAACAUACGCCCAGGCCCAGCGGAUCGUUGAGGUGGACAUUGAUGGACGCCUGCAUCGUAUCAGCAUCUAUGAUCCACUCAAGAUCAUCACAGAAGAUGAGCUGACUGCCCAGGAUAUCACUGAAUGCAAUAGUAACAAGGAAAACAGUGAGCAGCCUCAGUUUCCUGGCAAGUCUAAGAAACCCUCAUCCAAGGGCAAGAAGAAGGAGUCCUGUUCCAAGCAUGCGUCCGGCGCUUCCUUCCACCUCCCACAGCCCAGCUUCCGCAUGGUGGACUCAGGCAGCCAGCCAGAAGCUCCGCCGCUGCCUGCUGCCUACUACCGCUACAUUGAGAAGCCACCUGAAGACCUGGAUGCAGAGGUAGAGUAUGACAUGGACGAGGAGGACCUUGCCUGGCUGGACAUGGUGAAUGAGAGGCGGCGAGUAGAUGGGCACAGUUCGGUGUCAGCAGACACCUUCGAGCUGCUGGUGGACCGGCUUGAGAAGGAGUCAUACUUGGAGAGUCGCAGCAGCGGGGCCCAACAGUCACUCAUUGAUGAAGACGCCUUUUGCUGUGUGUGCCUGGAUGACGAAUGCCACAACAGCAACGUCAUUCUCUUCUGUGACAUCUGCAACCUGGCUGUACACCAGGAGUGCUAUGGCGUUCCCUACAUCCCCGAGGGUCAGUGGUUAUGCCGCUGUUGCCUGCAGUCUCCCUCCCGGCCUGUGGAUUGUGUCCUCUGCCCCAAUAAGGGUGGCGCCUUCAAACAGACCAGCGAUGGGCACUGGGCCCAUGUGGUAUGUGCCAUAUGGAUCCCUGAAGUCUGCUUUGCAAACACCGUGUUCCUGGAGCCCAUCGAGGGCAUUGAUAAUAUCCCACCUGCCCGCUGGAAACUAACCUGCUAUAUCUGCAAGCAGAAGGGGCUGGGUGCUGCCAUCCAGUGCCACAAAGUGAACUGCUACACGGCUUUCCAUGUGACGUGUGCACAGCGGGCUGGGCUCUUCAUGAAGAUCGAGCCCAUGCGUGAAACCAGCCUCAAUGGCACCAUCUUCACAGUGCGCAAGACUGCUUACUGUGAGGCCCACUCACCACCAAGUGCUGCCGCUGCUAGGAGGAAGGGCGACUCCCCUGGAAGCCUCGGUGAGGCUGGGGACGAGGAAGGGCUGAAGGAGGGCUGUGGGGAGGAGGAAGAGAAGGAAGAGGUGAAAGAGGAGGAGGAAGAUGAAGGCCAAGGCGGGGUAGGUGGCCAGCUCAAAGGAGUGCCCAAGAAGAACAAGAUGACUUUGAAGCAAAAGAUCAAGAAGGAGCCAGAGGAAGUGGGCCGAGACACGCCCUCCACUCUCCCCAUGGUCACUGUCCCACAGAUACCCUCUUACAGGUUGAACAAGAUCUGUAGUGGUCUCUCCUUUCAGAGGAAAAACCAGUUCAUGCAGCGGCUUCACAACUACUGGCUGUUGAAGCGGCAGGCACGGAAUGGUGUCCCCCUCAUCCGACGCCUGCACUCCCACCUGCAGUCUCAAAGAAAUGCCGAGCAGCGAGAGCAGGAUGAGAAGACGAGUGCAGUGAAAGAAGAGCUGAAAUACUGGCAGAAGCUCCGACACGACUUGGAGCGGGCACGGCUGCUGAUUGAGCUGAUUCGGAAAAGAGAGAAGCUCAAACGGGAGCAGGUCAAGGUCCAGCAGGCUGCCAUGGAGCUGGAGCUGAUGCCGUUCAAUGUUCUACUGAGGACAACACUGGACUUGCUGCAGGAGAAGGAUCCUGCACACAUCUUCGCCGAACCUGUCAACCUGAGUGAGGUUCCAGAUUACCUGGAAUUCAUAUCCAAGCCAAUGGAUUUUUCUACUAUGAGGCGGAAGCUGGAGUCCCACCUGUACCGCACCUUGGAGGAGUUUGAGGAGGACUUUAACCUUAUAGUUACCAACUGCAUGAAGUAUAAUGCUAAAGACACAAUUUUCCACCGAGCAGCUGUCCGCCUCCGGGACCUAGGAGGGGCCGUCCUGCGGCAUGCCCGGCGGCAGGCAGAGAACAUCGGCUAUGACCCCGAGAGGGGCACCCACCUGCCCGAGUCACCCAAAUUGGAGGACUUUUACCGCUUUUCCUGGGAAGACGUGGACAACAUCCUCAUCCCAGAGAACCGGGCCCAUUUGUCCCCGGAGGUGCAGCUGAAGGAGCUGCUGGAAAAACUGGACCUGGUGAGUGCCAUGCGGUCCAGCGGGGCCCGGACCCGCCGCGUCCGCCUGCUGCGCAGGGAGAUCAAUGCCCUUCGGCAGAAGCUGGCGCAGCCGCCGCCAUCACAGCCACCAUCACUGAACAAGACUGUGUCCAAUGGGGAGCUGCCAGCAGGGCCCCGGGGGGACUCGGCUGUGCCGGAGCCAGCCCCCCAGGAGGAGCCAGAAGACGAUGGGGACAGAGAUGACUCCAAACUGCCUCCCCCACCAACCCUGGAGCCCACUGGGCCUGCACCUUCCUUGUCUGAGCAAGAAUUCCCCCCGGAUCCCCCCACUCUGAAACCCAUCAAUGAGAGCAAACCUCUGAGCCGGUACUUAAAGCCCAGAAAGGUGGAGGAAGAUGAGCUCUUGGAAAAAUCACCUCUGCAGCUAGGGAGCGAGCCCUUGCAACGCCUACUCAGUGACAAUGGUAUCAACAGGGUGUCCCUCAUGGCCCCUGACACCCCCACCAGUGCCCCACUCAGUGGUGUGGGCCGCCGCACCUCAGUCCUCUUCAAGAAGGCCAAGAAUGGGGUUAAACUACAGAGGAGCCCAGAUGGGGCCCUGGAGAAUGGUGAGGACCAUGGAGCAGUGGGCUCUCCCGCCUCUCCCGCCAGCAUCGAGGAUGAGCGGCACUCCCGGAAGCGGCCAAGGAGCAGGAGCGGUAGUGAGAGCGAAGGGGAAAAGUCCCCCCAGCAGGAGGAGGAGACAGGCGUGACCAACGGCUUUGGAAAACACCCCGAAAGCGGGUCCGACUCAGAAUGUAGUUUGGGUCUCAGUGGUGGACUGGCAUUUGAAGCUUGCAGUGGUCUGACGCCCCCCAAACGUAGCCGUGGGAAGCCAGCCCUGUCCCGAGUGCCCUUCUUGGAAGGUGUGAACGGAGACUCCGACUACAGUGGCUCAGGCAGAAGCCUCCUGAUGCCCUUUGAAGACCGUGGAGACCUGGAGCCCCUGGAGCUGGUGUGGGCCAAGUGCCGAGGCUAUCCCUCCUACCCCGCCUUGAUCAUCGAUCCCAAGAUGCCCCGGGAGGGCCUCCUGCACAAUGGCGUCCCCAUCCCUGUCCCCCCACUGGAUGUGCUGAAGCUAGGAGAGCAGAGACAGGCCGAGGCUGGAGAGAAGCUCUUUCUUGUCCUCUUCUUUGACAAUAAGCGCACAUGGCAGUGGCUUCCGAGGGACAAAGUCCUGCCCCUGGGUGUGGAAGACACCGUGGACAAGCUCAAGAUGCUGGAAGGCCGCAAGACCAGCAUCCGCAAGUCAGUGCAGGUGGCCUAUGACCGCGCAAUGAUCCACCUGAGCCGAGUCCGGGGACCCCACUCCUUUGUCACCUCCAGCUACCUGUAAGGGUGGGGCCUGGCCUGCUCUGCUUCCGUCCCAUGGGGCGCAGAAAAACCUCUUACUGCCCCAGCCAGACGUAUGGCCGGCAGCUUCCCCACUUCAUGGCAGGCCAGGGACUGGGCUGUGUCCUCCCCAAGGGCAAGGCCCCAGUUUUGACCAACUGCGUGGUUCCCUUGGCAGGCCUGCCGUGUGCCAAAAACUCCCACCUGAGCUCCCUCAGGGGCUGGUCCACUGAAGAACCAAUUAGAAGUAGAAACAGCUGUGAGGCUUGGGCCCAGCCAAGGAGGUGGGCCUGGCCCCGGAAGGCAAGAGGUCCCGGGCUCUUUCUCAAGGGUGUGCCUGGCCCCUCCACCCCACUCCCAGCUAACCACACCUCAGGGCGAGCGAGGCUCUGUCGGUGACCCCAGAGGUGCUGUGGCUACACUAGGGUCCCUGGUGGAAUCUCACUGAGCUCACCCUCUCUCCUCUCCGUCACCCAUUCUUACACCUCUUCCCUGUCCUGUCUUCUGCACCUCUGCCCGGCUCUGUUAUUCCCAUGUUCCUUUCCCUACUUUCUCUUGUGCCAAACUGACAGAAACCAUCACCAAACUGGUUUUUUUUUUUUCUUUUUUAUAUCUCGUUCCCUUUGAGGUCAGCUGCUAUGUUAGGUGGGUAUCUCCGCCUGGUCCUCAAGGCCCAGGACAGAGGCCAGCCUACCACUCAGGUGACCCUCCCACCAGCACACAUACCACCUAUGCCCCCCACCCCCCCGACUCUCACUGCUGCGACACACAGCUGAGGCCAGGCUGUGAUAGCUUGCCCACUUGGAUUGAGGGGGUGCCCUUCCUGCCCUUUCCUUGUCUUGCCAAGAGGUGGGCUGAGGCUGGGCGGGCUCCUGUCAGCAGACCUGGCUGGUUGUGAGAGAGUCUGUCUGUCCACUGGGGUGUUGAGGGUUGUUGGGGUGGAGCUGUGCCCUUCGGCUAGGUCUGCCCCUCACCCAUCCUGCUCCCUCUCUGUGGGCUUUUCCUUCUGUGCCACUGCAGCCUCUAGCCUCACUCUCCAUCACCCUAGAUGGCGUGGUACCCAUAGUCCAGCAUCUUCCUGUCCUUUGCUCUGCCCUGUCCAGCCUCUGCUGCUCCCGCUUCCGAACUCCAGGGAACGCAGUGCUUCUAUUUCAAACCUUCUGUCCCCUUCCCUCUUUUCCUUCAACCCCCUCCCUCCUUCACCUUCUCAAAAACGGAAGGGAAAAAAAACUGUGAAAAGGGGAAUGCUGACUGACAAACCAACACAACUUUCAGAGGCUUCGAUGUCUGUUCUCUGGAUGUUUCUUUUCACCUCUUAAGCACCAAAGUCGCAGGGCCAGGUUGCAGGCCACUGAUCGCCAUGUUGAUUUUUAACCUGACGUUCUUUUUAAUUGUUUUAAAUUUUUCAUAGGGGAGUUUUGGACAAAACGAAGUCACUGGGGAGAUCACUGCCAUUUUUACACACUCGACUUUUUAAAAAUACAACCAGUCAACCACCACAACUUCUUAUACAUUUGGGACACGAGCCAGAGUUUAAAAGGGAACCAACAAAACUCUCUAUAACAUAAAGGAUGGGGUUUUGGCUUUUGUACAAUAAUAAAAAUACAAUACAGCAUAUGGCUAGGGAAGGACAUGGUGUAUAUAAUUGUAAAAUACUGUUCUAAAUUAUUCAGGCCUAUAGUUUCAUUACUGGAGUCCUCCAUUGUGUGGCUGAGUAUUUUAAAUGCACACAGUGUGGUUUAUUUAAGGAGCCAAUGUGUCCCCCUCUCCCCAGGUAGUUGGUCGGCUGUGGACUCUGUGACCUUCGUCUCAACCUGUGUUGUAAGAUCUCGGGGCUUUCUCUCUCUCUCUCAAUUUCUGUGUCUAUCUAUUUCUUCCCCCCAAGACAUUCUCUUUCUUAGUCUCUUUUUUUCGAUCUCUGAACCUUUCAGUCUCUCUCUGAGUCUCAUUUUUAAAACUGCUCUUUUAGAACAGGAAACGGCUCAGAUCCUGCUGUGGCAUGGGGCCUAUGUGUCUCAGUCGCGUCUGCUGUGAAGCACACGAUGCUCUAUUUAUUGUAGAAAGUGACUUUAUUUGCUUUCUAGAAUUGUUUAUAACAGAUGGUAUAAGAGAGGUAAUAAACAGAGAAAAAUCUAUGCUUGUAAAGAAUACAAAAGUUAAUUUUACCUACUAUAAUAUGACUGUCUGAAACUUAUUUUCUCUCUGAGAAAUAAAUGUUCUAAUGGGCAGCA